UAAUUUUGAAACAUACAUAUUCCCGGACAGUAGAGGUUUAGGAAAUGGUGUAGAUAUACUCUAGAGAAAUGGAAUUUGCGGUAGACAAAAAUGUAAAACCUAAAAGAAUGGCAAUACUCAGUAUUGGAGAUCUUCCAUCAGAGUUGACUUGCCGACCGUUAGCUGUCGUGGCCGUGCUCGGAUUAGACGUUCCUACAAAUCCUGUGCACACAGCUGUCUGGGAAUCAUUUACACUAAACAGGAAGCCUGAUAGAGCUCCUUUAAACUUCAAGCACAUCAAAGAAGGGCAUGAAUUCCCAAAAGCAAAACCAAAGAGGAGUUCCUAUGAGUGGCAUGUCCCGAAAGGUUUGCUGAAGACUAACUGGUUACACAAACAUGCUUCGGAAGUUCCUGCUGUGGCAGUUCUUUUUUAUGAUCUUGAUUGGGAUGAUCUGCUGUGGAAUGAAAAACGAGUUGAUUGUGCAAAUAAAUUAGAAAAUCUCAGAACAAACUUGCAGGGUCGAAACACCAAGAUUGCUUUGGUUCUUGUACAAAGGAAUCCACCACUUCCUGGUGGGGAAGACAUGCUUGCCACCGAGAGAGCUGCCGCUCUAUGCAGCACUUGUGAACUUGCAGCAAAGUCUCUAUUUGUUCUGCCUCACUCGGAUCAUCUGUUUGGGUACACUUUACGUCUUGAAAAGGCAUUCUAUGAGUUUUCUCAAGGUUACUACCACCACGAAACUAGAAAAAUAAAAAGCCAUCGUGAUCAUUUGAACAAAACUACACAUCAGCUUUUGUUUGUGAGACACCAGUUCAAGAUAGGUUUUUUGAACGAGCUAAAGCAAGAUAUAAUUACAGCACUAAAACAUUAUAAACAAUCGUACGCCAACUUGAUGGAAGUGAGAGCCUCGGCAGCUAACAUGUUGGAAGUUAAGACAGUGGCUGGCUUCAUUAACUACAAGCUUUGUAGGCUUUCGUUUUUACUGAAUACACCUUUAGAUGCGAUUUCCCAGUUUCGUAAGCAUAUUGACAUCUUUAAAAGUAAAACUGGUCCAGCGGAACUGUCCUUUGAACACAGCAGUUGGUUGUCUAAACAGUUUAGUCAUUUUGGAGACCUGUUUGAUGAUGCUGUCAAACAAGGCUUAGCAGCUACACAAACAAAACAUCCUGGGUUUUACUUUCAACAGGCAGCAAGUCAUGCUAUAAUGAGAAAAGAACUGUGUUUUUCACUUUGUCAGAAUGUAAUGGAAUAUCCAAGUCCAGAUCCACUAGAGGGAGUAGAAGACAUGGAAUUCUUUGGGCAAAGACCAUGGAGACCUGGUAGUCAGAGUAUCGAGCCUCCUGACCCACAGAGGGAAAACAAGGGAAUCCAGGCUCUGCAGUACAAGGAAGCUUACACAGUUAAUCACUCUACAAUCAUUAUAUCACUAUUAAGUAGUGCUGUUUCCCAGUUUAAGAAGUAUCGUGGACCUCGCAUGAGGAGACAUCUUAUGGUCCAGAUGGGUGAAGAAUACUUUUAUAGUAGGGAGUAUAACAAAGCUCUCGCGCUCCUAGGUCAUGUUCUGUGGGAUUAUCGAUCAGAACGUUGGCAGUACCUUGUUUCAAACAUCUUGACUACAGCACUGCGGUGUGCUUAUCUGUCGGCCAGCGUGCAAGAUUUUCUGACCCUCGGACUGGAGUUCAUAAGCAACUGGAUCCAGAGUGGCACAGAAGAAAAAUCUGUAGUUCAGAAUGGCAUACAGAAAGUUCUAGAGGGAAACAUUCCUCCUCCCCCUCUGCCGGGAAUGACAGUUGACAAAGAAGAAAUAGAAGAACUUUGGCAGAAAGCGUUAUCAGUAAGCAACGAACCUUUAAUUUUCACUGUCGAAAUGGGAUCGAUUAUUCCUUGUGUUGAAUGCAGGAUGAGGUUUGUUUCAAGAACAUUCUCUGCAGAUGAGAGGGUAGUGCUCCAGAUCCACCUGAGAGCCAAGUGCCCUCAGCCACUAAAGUUUUCUAAAUUGAGCAUUUUGUUCACAAAUCAGCAUUACAACGAACAGUGUGAAAUAUCAGAUGAAACGUCCGAGAUUUUGGGAGAGGCUCGUAACAUUGGCAACAGUACAAGUCUCGUUCUUUAUCCACAAAAGACAAAGAUGUUUACAUUUAGUUUUCUUGCCUCAGUUUCAGAUGUCGGUCAAGAUAUCACGGUAUCAGCUGUGGCCAUUCAGCUUGGGAAGGAGACAAGGUGUUGUGCUAUUCUUCGCUGGCCUGCAGCCGGAAAUGAAAGUAUUGCUUCCCGUCUGCCGUGGUCUUCAAACAUGACAGGACUGGGAGAUGAAUCAAGUUUUACACAGCUCGAAAUCCAACCAACCACAAAAAUUAUUCCGCGUCAACCACAGUUGUCACUCAGUAUUGAACAUCAACCGCCAGUUUUAAUGCAUGAGCUUUACUGUAUCCAUGUAAAGAUAGAGAAUAAAGAGAUAAACUCUGUGAGUAAUGUUCGUCUUCUCGUUGACCUGGAUGAGGAAGCAGAAGAUAUCGUACGUCAACAUACAUCUUUCAGCCGAGGUGAGGAGAAAGUUUCUUCUCUUCCUAUUCCUUGCCUGGAUGACGUGGUAGCUGACCAACUGCUUCCCGGAGAAAAGAUCAGUGAGGAGGUGUUCAUGAAAGUGAAUAACUUGGGAAGCAGAAUUAUCUUAAUUAAGGUAACUUAUGACAUUGAAGUUGAAGUCGACAACAAAACUCUUCUAUGUCAUUGCACCAGAGAGGAAAAAUUAGAAGUAGACACGAUGGAGCCUUUCAUUUUUUCUGUUAAUCUGUUGAAUAUGAAGUGUGAAUCUGUGCAGAAGCUCAGAGCAGAGGAACCAUUUCUUUUGCAAGUAGACGUCAUUUCAAACACAUCUCUGGCAUUAAGUAUUGAGAAGAGGAUGUUGGAUCUGUGUCCUGAAGUGAAGACAACAGACGAAGAUGUAGUUUCAAAUCUUGAAGAAG